AUGGGGUACUACUUGGCCGAUGGCAUAUACCCAAGGUGGCCUGUUUUUUUGAAGACGCUCAGCUGCCCAAUUGGUGAUAGGAGAGUCUUGUUUGCGGCAAAGCAGGAGUAUGCGCGAAAGGAUGUGGAUCGGGCUUUUGGGGUGCUCCAAUCGCGGUGGGCAAUCGUGAAAGGUCCGGCGCGUUUCCGGUUCAAGGAAGUCAUCGCCGACGUCAUGUAUGCGUGCAUCAUCAUGCAUAACAUGAUAGUCGAAGAAGAAGUUGGACAUGUCACCGAUUGGGUGGAUGAUGAAGCCGGAUCUAGCUCCAGCACGGCGACCCCGCCUGUCACUCGAGGAUUACCGCUGGGCUUCGGUGAGGUUCUACAGAGACAUACCUCAAUGCGCAACCAACAAGACUAUACUCAGCUCAUGAACGACAUGAUUGAAGAAGUUUGGAACCGCAACCACCGUUGA